CUCCGCAUUUUGUUUCCACCCACCGCCACUGCUUGUACAAUCUACACCCGUACAUAUUCCUCAUCCUCCUCCAACUCUGCCUUUCUGUCACCGAUGAGGAUAAAAAAUACGACGAUUGAUGGCAGAGGUUUUUAUAUUGAGGAAGAUGAAGGAGAUUGCCGACCAGAGAGGGAAUCCGGUGACAGCGAGGAAGAGGGGAAGAUAAGAAAGGAGUUCACCGGCCCUAGUUUGUCCCUUUUUUAUUUUAAACGUCCUGGUUCUGAUUUUUUACGAUGCAUUUCUUUUUUGUGCAGUUCGGAAAAG